AUGGACAACAGAGGAAGACCAAAAGCUUUUGGCUUCAAUGAAGAACAUGGAUAUGGAAAUUGGAAAAACCUCCCAGCACAAGGUGGUAAUUUGAAAAAUAGCAGAGUAAGACCAAAAGCUUUUGGCUUACUAAUUAGAAAAAUAGCAGAGAAAGACCAAAAGCUUUUGGCUUACAUUGAAGAACAUGCUCUGCUGCAUCUGGCACCAAACUCACCAGAUGCCAAGGUAUUUCAAGAUUUUGGGAACAGUGGCAAGAAAAGUAACGGCACAGCAACUCCUGUGGGGAAUCCCAGUGCCAGUAGCAACGGAACAAGUGCAGAUCAAAAGAGUGAUGGAGGAAAAAGAAAGAAAUGGCUAGGAAUGAAAAUGGCUUCUGCAGUGCUCUUACUGUUCAUAUAUUAA